AGUGCCGGCGGCCGGCAGUCUGGGCGCCGCUGCGAUGGAAGGCCGGAGGAGGCCGCGGGCUGUGCUCGCGCUGCUGGCGCUGCUGAGCUGCCGGGUGGCGGCGGCGGCGGCGGUGGCGGCGGCGGCGGCCGAGGAUAUCGUGGUGGGAUGCGGGGGCUUCGUGAAGUCCGAUGUGGAGAUUAAUUACUCGUUGAUCGAGGUUAAAUUGUACACAAAGCAGGGCACACUGAAAUACCAGACUGAUUGUGCACCCAACAAUGGUUAUUUCAUGAUUCCUCUCUAUGAUAAGGGGGAUUUCAUUUUAAAGAUUGAGCCUCCUCUAGGGUGGAGCUUUGAGCCUACAAGUGUGGACCUUCAUGUUGACGGUAUUAAUGACAUUUGCACCAAAGGCGAGGACAUCAAUUUUGUGUUCACCGGGUUUUCUGUCUCUGGAAGGGUGCUAAGCAAAGGUCAGACUUCAGGACCGGCUGGCGUUCAUGUUAUCUUAAGAAGGAUUGGAAAGGAUGUUGAUCAGACUUCGUUGACUCAAACUGGAGGAAAAUAUGUAUUUACGAAAGUGCUGCCUGGUGACUAUGAAAUCUUUGCAUCUCACCCCACCUGGACUUUACAAAAAGCAUCUACCUCAGUGCAGGUGAUAAAUUCUAAUGCAAACACAAUUGAUUCUCUUGUGGUUGCUGGAUAUGAGGUUUUGGGCUCUGUGCGAAGUGAUGGAGAACCAAUGAAAGGUGUAGUGUUCCUGCUAUUCUCCUCAUCAGUCGCAAAACAGGAUAUCUCUGGCUGCAAUUUAUCUCCAGUUGAAGGAUUUCAAGCAGCAGAUGAAGCCUCAUCUUUCCUGUGCAGUGUUUUGUCAGGAGAAGAUGGAUCAUUCAUUUUUCCAUCCCUCCCCAGUGGAGAAUAUACAGUGGUGCCAUUCUACAGAGGAGAAAGAAUUACAUUUGAUGUUGCUCCAUCAAGACUAGAUUUUUCUGUGGCACACAACAGUUUAAGGAUUGAGCCUGUCUUUCGAGUGAUGGGUUUUUCUGUUACGGGCCGGGUUUUGGAUGGUCCCAAUGGACGAGGAGUUCGUCAUGCCACUGUUAUCCUAAGCACCCAGAUCAAAGUAACCACAAAGACUGAUGGCUCAUUCAGACUUGAAAACAUGACAGCAGGCACGUAUACUAUUAAUACACAGAAGGAGCACAUUUUCUUUGAACCAGUUACUGUGAAGAUUGCCCCGAACACACCUCAGCUGGCAGAUAUCGUGGCCGCAAGCUUUAGUGUCUGUGGGCAAGUAGCUGUCAAACGUUUCCCUGAAGGAUUAAAACAGAUCAUCAAGUAUAAGUUAGCCAUGGUCGCCCAAAGUAAGGAUAAGGCUUCACCGAUUAUAACAGAGACAGAUUCUCGCGGACUAUUCUGUUUCCAAGCCAAAGCAGGAACCUAUAUCAUUCAGGUUAUGGUCAGUGAAAAUGAAGCAAAAGCAGGACUUGCACUGAAACCAAAGUUCCAAACUGUCACGGUUAUAAAUGCGCCCAUUAUGGAUCUAUCCUUCACCCAGUUUAUGGCAUCUGUGACUGGGAAAGUGCUCUGUUUGGAUUCUUGUGGUGAUCUUACUGUGACUCUUCAACCUUUGAGUCGUCAUAGUGACAAACAAAGUGUGCAGCUUUCGGGAGGUGUUGAAUCUGUGUUAUUCACUUUUAAUGAUAUUUUGCCUGGCAAAUACAAAGUAAACAUUGUCCAUGAAGAAUGGUGCUGGAAAAACCGAUCAUUUGAGCUGGAGGUUGUGGAUCAAGAUUUGACUGGGAUAGAAUUCAAACAGACAGGUUACAUGCUCCGAUGCUCACUCUCUCAUGCAAUAACCUUGGAAUUUUACCAAGAUGGAAGUGGCCCAGAAAAUGUUGGUGUAUAUAACCUCACGAAAGGAGUGAACAGAUUUUGUCUCUCUAAACCAGGUGUCUAUAAAGUGACUCCUCGUUCUUGCCAUCAAUUUGAACAUGAAUACUACAUUUAUGACACAGCGGCUCCCACCAUUCUAACCUUGACAGCUAUCCGACAUCGUGCACUUGGUGCUAUUGUAACUGAUAAAUUGAUGGAUGUCACAGUUACCAUCAGGUCUUCUAUUGAUAGUGAACCUGCUUUAGUCUUGGGACCUCUGAAAUCACUUCAGGAGCUGCGUCAGGAGCAGCAGCUGGCAGAAAUAGAGGCACGUAGACUAGAGCGUGAAAAGAAAGGCCAAAAGGAAGUGGAAAGAGAGCCUCCAGCCCAGGAAAUUGUGGAGGAACUUGAGGGACCUUUUGUUUAUGAAUUUUCAUACUGGGCAAGAGCUGGAGAAAAGAUUGCAGUCACACCCUCUUCAAAGGAACUUCUCUUCUAUCCUCCAUCAGUGGAGGCUAUCAUUACAGGAGAUAGCUGUCCUGGAAGACUAAUAGAGAUUCAGGGGAAAGCUGGGCUAUUUCUAGAGGGACAGAUAUACCCAGCGUUGGAGGGCGUGGAGAUUAUUAUCACUGAGAAAACCUCUAAACCACUUAUCACUGUAUUCACUAAUGAAGAGGGGUCAUACAGAGUUGGACCAUUGCACAGAGAUCAGGAGUAUUCUGUAACUGCCCAAAAGGAAGGUUUUGUUUUGACUGCAUUAGAGGGAACACUUGGCGAUUUUAAAGCUUUUGCAUUAGCAGGAGUUACUUUUGAGAUAAAAACUGAAGAUGAUCAACCCCUUGCUGGAGUCCUUUUGUCUCUUAGUGGAGGACAGUUCCGUUCUAAUCUGUUGACACAAGAGAAUGGCAUGCUUACUUUUGCAAAUCUGAGUCCUGGCCAGUACUACUUCAAACCCAUGAUGAAAGAGUUUCGCUUCGAACCCACGUCGCAAAUGAUCGAAAUACAAGAAGGACAAACUCUUAAAAUCAAAAUUACAGGUUAUCGGACAGCCUACAGCUGUUAUGGAACAGUGUCCUCACUAAACGGGGAACCAGAACAAGGAGUUGCUGUGGAAGCUGUUGGCCAGAAAGAUUGUAGCAUUUAUGGAGAGGAUACAGUGACUGAUGAAGAUGGAAAGUUCCGUCUCCGUGGCUUGCUGCCUCGUUGUGUGUACCACAUUCAACUGAAAGCUGAAGGCAAUGACCACAUAGAAAGGGCUCUGCCGCAGUAUCGUGCUGUGGAGGUCGACAGCAGCGAUAUUGAUGGUGUGAAUAUUCUAGCAUUCCGACAAAUUAAUCAAUUUGAUUUAAGUGGAAAUGUUAUCACUUCGCCUGAGCACCUUUCUACUUUGCGGGUGGUGCUGUAUAAAAGUGAAAACCUGGAUAACCCCAUUCAAACAGUAUCGUUAGGGCAGUCCCUUUUUUUCCAUUUCCCACCACUGCUAAGGGAUGGAGAGAAUUAUGUGGUUGUGUUGGAGUCUACAUUGCCCAAGUCACUGUAUGAGUACAUCUUGCCCCAAAUAUCCUUCGGUGCGGUUGGCUACCAUAAGCACAUUACCCUUAUGUUCACCCCUUCGAGAAAGCUACCCGAACAGGAUGUUGCCCAGGGAUCGUACAUUGCUCUGCCUCUUACCCUGCUCCUGCUUCUGGCAGGUUACAAUCAUGAUAAGCUCAUCCCAUUGCUGAUGCAGUUGAUAAAUCGCUUACAGGGUGUGCGGGCACUCAGCCAAGGUGGUUUAGAUGGUGUUAGUCAGGAGGAGGCGAAGAGACAAGCCAAAAGACAGAAGACACGGCGCACAUAGAUACCAACGAAUGAACUGGCUGAGCUUUUGAGCCAGUUCUGUGCAGUUGCGGAGUCCUUGUUCAGUGUCUGGUUUGUUCAGUUGAAGUACUUCAAUUAUUGUUAAACUCCGUCAUCGUUACAUAUUCUGAGUCUGACUUCUUACUGCUAACCUCCACGGACUUGAAAUAAAAUUUGGGGUUACAUUUGUUAAUUUUUAAUCAAUGAUCUGAAUUGGUAUGAAGAUUUAAAAAACAUGCUAGUGGGACAGAAUUUGGAUUAUAAAAGAUAAGUUAAUUUAUUUUCACUGUUGUUCGAACUCACAAAGCCAUGAAAUCAAUGGUACUUGUUUUAUAAUGUACUGUAUAUUUGAACUGAGCCAUUUUGAUGUGUGGUAAAAUGAGAGUGUUCAACAAA